AUGCUCGACGAAAGCCUGCCCACUUUCUAUCUCAAAAACACCAAGGAUAAACACCUCCUCUCCAUCUAUCUCUGCCAACAUGGCAACGACCCCGACCCUGCCUACUCCCUCCGCUAUCCCGACCCGGCUUCCCCCUCCUCCAAGAACCGCUACGCCGUUGCCCUCUACGACCCCUACGUCCCUGACAUUCUCUACGGAGAAGUCCUGAUCGAACCCGAAUGGACACAACCCAGUCUCUCGGCUGACGCUAUCCGCCAGAAUAAUGGCGUCGCUCCUCCCCCUGAACCCAUCCUCCCCACAGAGUUCACCAUCCACCUCUACAACCCCGACCAGAAAAUCGUCGUCCGCCACAAGCCCAAGACUUGGAACUCGGCCGCGACAUGGGAGUUUGAGAUGCCCCAGCGCACAUUCCGACAACCCUCCUCGUCAAGUCUGGAUCGCACACAGACCGACCCCUCCGUCGCGGACGUCACGCCCAAGCUCAAAUUCAACUGGCGCAAGGAUGGCAAGCUGUCCAAGGACAUGACAUGUUUCAUGUCCGGAAAAACGAGCACAAUCCCCGAGGCCAAGACGAAAAACAAAGAGCCCGAUAUCAUCGUGUCGAUGUUCAAGGGACUCCGCGAACUCACCAUGUACGAGCCUAACCUAUACCGGGUGGAAAUGGAGGACUUCAAGGGUCUGGAGGUGGUGCUUUUGUUGGGUGUUGUGGCUAUCCGGGAUGUGUUUUUUACACCCAUGAAGGAUGCUUUUCGCAUUUCGCAUGCGACGGCUAGGAAGCCUGUUGCAGCAUCUGCGCCUGCGCCUGUGCCUACUCCUGCUCCUAUCCAAGCACCUGUCGCUCUCACGAACACGCCUCCUGCUGCUUUGUUCAGCAGUAACGAGAAGGGGAAGCACAGGUCCGAGCCAGCUCUAUCUGGGGGACUCAAUGCAAAUGCCCGUCCAACAGGACAAGGACAGGGACAAGGACCUCGACCGCAGGGGCAACAACGUCCGCAAGGACUUCAGGGCCAACAACGACCCCAGGGCCCGCCAACAACCAAACAAGCACCCCCUAGCAAAGCCGAAGAAAAACAAACUAAAAAGCUCCUCGAAGCCGAGGAGAAUGCGCGCCGCAAGAAAAAAGCCGAGAAACAAGCCGAAAUCGACAAGGAAACUAAACGGCUACAACAAAUCUACGGCCGCGAAGAGCAGCAAGUGCGCUCGGCUCAGCAGCAACCCAGACCAACGCCACCACCUCGACCCCAGCAGCAGCAGGCUAGUAGUAGGCCUAUGCGUAACAGUGCCGCUCACGACCAGCGAUACUACCACUACCAUUCCCCAUCGGUGCCGCAUAUGGGCCCCAGUCCGUAUAUGGCGUCGCCAGGACAUGAUGCACGAUGGAAAUCGGCGGUGCGUUUUGCACCACAACCUGAAACAAUACCCGUGUCAUCGGGGGCGAAACCGGUAGCAGCCACCAAACCGGCGGCGACUAAGCCGGCCCAGCUGCAUCAGAAGAAGAGCAGUUUCUUUGGAUUUAGAAAGAAUUCGAAUGAUGAAGCGAAGCUGGCUAAGAAGCGGAGUUCCAUGUUUUGA